AUGAUGCGACGAUUGGCAAGUAAAUACCUCGCCCUUAGGCAGCUAUACCUCGAGUGCGCUCUAAAACCAGAUGUCCAAGGAUGCCAUUACAGUAGGUUUUUCUGUAAAACUUUGGAAACCCGACAAGAAAUUGACGUUCAAAUCGAUCCUCCAUGAAGCUCUGGUAGAACGAUGCGGAAUGACUACGCAAAAGGACGAGAUUAACGAGGCAUGCAGACAAGUCGAGCAGCUUUUCGGUGGAAGAACCGAUGCUGCCAGAAGAUGCUUGGAAGUGGUCGCUCAGCGGACAGCAGUCUCUUCGGAGAAGUACGCCAACGUAGUGCUGUGUUCCGAUUCGCUUGUGGCAGCCGUUGCUCAGCUACUACUAGCUGGCCUUGCUCCAGCAGUACCCAUUGAGAACAUAUACAGUGCCAGCAAAGCAGGACGGGAAGCCGUCCUGGACCGAAUUCAGAACCGCUUUGGUAAGAAGUGUAGCUACGUGGUAAUUACGUCCAGCGCUGAAACAAACAACCUCGCACGAAAGGAGUCGAUUCCCGUGUGGCCGAUCGUGACCACAGACGAUUUCGAGAAGCUCUACACUGCGCAAUCCAACUAUUUGCUCGGAAGUCUCUGAGCCUGGCAAUGGCUUGCUUGUCCAAAAAUCGCGCCAUUUGGCAUCGCUCCGAGUGCAGUUUAUAUGAGAUUAGUCAUUUUGUUUAUUAUAAUUAUUCGACGUGA